ACCGGCACACCGCACGCUUAUCGCUUACUACACAUUUCGCGUAUUUAUUACAUAUUAUAAUUACACGACAGCUAAUUAUAAUGAUGACUUGGUGAUCGUCGAUUGUCAUUUUCAUAAAGCCGGCGCGGCGUGUUGUUGACCAGUAUUUCUGAUGACCCACGAUCGCUUGUAAUUGUUACCGAUGUAGGGGUUUAUUAAGAGUAGGACUUGUCUGUUUAGGGCUUAUGAAUAAACAGUAUUGUUAGUGUUAGAAAAUGUUUGUGUUAGUGUGUUUGUUGUUGUGUGUGUGUGCGCGUGCUCAAGAUCAAAUUAUUGUUGAAGUCAUUAGGUUGCAGUACGAGCAGACGCAGACGCUGGUGGUCAACCGCUCCGUCGAGUAUGUCGUCGAGUUUGUCCCGACAGAGCAGCAAAUGGUAUGGCCGGCGCGAAUAACAGCCCACGUGUCGGCUGGCGAUGUGGCUCGUCCCGUGCUGCUCACCGCGCGGCAGCGCUCCGGUGCAACGACGUGGCAGCUGCCGUACUACCACGAGCAGCGGCUGCUGUAUGAACUCACGCGGACCCUGUGCCCCGACGGAGCGGGGGGCGAUCAGAUAGACUCGGAGCAUUGCGAUGAUAACGACGCGCUGCGUGGCUUCACCCUACACGUGGGGUCGACGUGCGCCACGCCCGUGGAGGUGGCGCUGCGCACCGACCCGGCGAGGGACUUCGUCAUUCAGUACAAUAUAGACAGCUCCUUCGUGAUUACCAAGACGGCGCCACUGGUGGCGCUGUACCGGUGGCCGGAGAAGCAGGAUCGAGCAAGACUGAUAGUGAGCGCCGAGGACGAGGUGUGCGCCACCAUCUCCGUACAAAACUAUACGUGUCCAAUCGUGCAGUCGAUUGACGCAAUGGAGAUGAUCGGUCUUAGGAUGACCGUGGAGAAGUCAGGAGCUGUGCAACUAUCGCGCAGCUCGUACCCAUACGGGUUCCUAGUGGUGGCCGUAGUUCGCGCUGACCAGAGGCCGUGCCGAGGCGACGAUACCAACGAUGAUCCCGACUGGCUGAUAGAAACCGCCUUAUGGGGCGAAAGGGACGAGAGCCAAUAUGUGGCCACUAACAAGACCGUAACCUUUACUGUCAAGGCAGCGUUGUCCCGCGGACAGUACGUGUUAGCAGCUUGUGUGACGAUAGCAAUAUUCCUGCUGUUCUACGUAGCGUUCGGCGCGCUGGUGCUGGCGCGUCGCUGGGAGCCGCUGUCGCGACGCAUCGGCUCUCUGGCCGUGCUAGCUCCUGAUGUGAUAGACGGGCAGCCAUCGCAGGCAGACGCAAGCGUCUCAGCCGCAUCACCCACACGACGACGAAGGGACUCUACGGCGACCUUUGACAGCAGCGACAACAGUGACACAGACUCAGACGAGGAGCCAACGGACUCACCGACUGCCUCGCCAACGACCCCUGCCCCAACCACAGAAACCCCAGUUACCACGCCUGUUGCAACCAACCCACCCGCCAGUUCCACUCCUGCAGCCUCUCCUGAAGUUAUCCGCUCGACACCACCAGUCAACUCCACUUCUGAAGGCUCGCCCGAAGUCAUCCGAUCGGAUGCUCUCAAUGCAACCACUCCUGUGUCCCCAGAAGUUCCUAUCUCUUCGGCUAGUCCUACUCAACUAUCUACCUCCCCACAAGCCACAACUGAUAGUAACGGACGGGUUCUAAAUGAAACGAAUGUUCAGGAGGCUGUAGCAAACGCCCGACCACUCUCAGAAGUAGACCGCCCGUUCGGUCUGCCGGCAGAACUCCGCCUGGCGGCGCUAGCUCGGCGCCGGGCGCGCGUGCUCCGCGCCCGCUCCGACCGCUACCUGCACACACUAUACACUGUGGCUGUCUUUUACGCCCUGCCUGUGGUCCAGUUUGUUGCCGCCUUUCAGAUGGUGAUGAACGUGUCCGGUUCCCUGGACAUCUGCUACUACAACUUCCUGUGCGCGCACCCGGCGGGCGCGCUAGCGGACUUCAACCACGUCUUCUCUAACUUAGGGUACCUGCUGCUGGGUGCUCUGUUGAUGAUACAAGUGCGAGCGAGACGGCAACGGCGUGUUAAAAAGCCCCGGCAUGAGGAGUACGGAAUACCAGCGCACUACGGUCUGCUAUCGGCGCUGGGUGCGGGCAUGAUGGUGGUCGCACUGCUCUCCGCCAGUUACCACGUAUGCCCCAACGGGCUCAACUUUCAGUUCGACGUGGCGUUCAUGUACGUGCUGGCGGUGCUGAGCAUGGUGAAGAUCUACCAAGCGCGCCACCCCGACGUGAACGCGCGCGCACACGCCACGUUCGGCGUGCUCGCCGUGCUUAUUGCCAUUGUGGUUUGGGGCGUCCUGGGCGGCGGGGCGCUGUUCUGGGGCGCAGCUACGGUGUUGCACGUGUUCUCCGUGCUGCUGCUGUCGCUGCGCAUCUACUACGUCGGCCAGUUCCGCCUCGAGAAGCAGAGCUUGUUCGUAGCAGCUCGAGGGUUCCAACCUCGCUCGCGACCAUUAUAUGCGGCGCGGCUGGUGCUGCUGCUCAUAGCGAACGCCGUCAACUGGGUGUUUGCCAUUUACGGAUUGUUCAUGCAGGCAGCGGAUUUCGCGUCGCAUUUGCUGAACGUGUUGCUAGCGAAUACGUUGCUGUAUAUGCUGUUCUACCUCACCAUGAAGCUCAUGCACGGCGAGCGACCGCGGUGGUACGCGUGGUGCUACCUGGGAGGCGCGGUGGCCGCGUGGGUGCCGGCGCUCUACUUCUUCAUGUCGGGCUCCACGGACUGGUCCGCCACGCCCGCGCAGAGCCGGCAUAAGAACCACGAGUGCAUGAUAAUGGAUUUCUACGACUCGCACGACUUGUGGCACAUGCUGUCCGCGGCGGCGCUGUACCUGUCCUUCGCGGCCAUGCUCACGUGGGACGACGGGCUGUCCGCCGUCCGGCGCACCGACAUCGCCGUCUUCUGAUCAAUAAACUGUUGU